UAACGUCACGGGCGAGGGCCGCCAUUUUGACUGAGCAACCCUAGUGACAGGAGCCGAAGCAGCAGCGCAGGUUGUCCCCGUUUCCCCUCCCCCUUCCCUCUGUGGUUGAUUUCCCGGGCCCCCUACACUCCACAACCCCGGCUCUGCCAUGUCCCAGAAACAAGAAGACGAGAACCCUGCGGAGGAGACCGGCGAGGAGAAGCAGGACACACAAGAGAAAGAAGGUAUUCUCCCUGAAAGAGCUGAGGAAGCAAAGCUAAAGGCCAAAUAUCCAAGCCUAGGACAAAAGCCUGGAGGUUCUGACUUCCUCAUGAAGAGGCUCCAGAAAGGGCAAAAGUACUUUGACUCAGGAGACUACAACAUGGCCAAAGCCAAGAUGAAGAAUAAGCAGCUGCCAAGUGCAGGACCAGACAAGAACCUGGUGACUGGUGACCACAUCCCCACCCCACAGGAUCUGCCCCAGAGAAAGUCCUCACUCGUCACCAGCAAGCUUGCGGGCGGCCAAGUUGAAUGAUGCUGCCCGGGGCUCCGCCAGAUCCUGAGACGCUGCCCUCCCUGGGUCCUGUGCUGGCUCCUGCCCCUCCCUGCCUUUGCAGCCAGGGGUCAGGUGGUGGCCCAGGUGCGGGCUGGAGAGGCAGAAGCCCCUGCCCGUUGGUGUCCCAGCACAUGGAGCCCCUUGGGCCGAGCACCAAGACCUUGAACCUUUUUUGUUUUACCUUUUUUCCAAAUAACUGUUGGGAAAAAAAUCUCAAUGAAAUCCUGGGGGUGGGGUUGAGAGGGUGGGGUGGGAGAUUUGGGGGAAUAUGAAUUAGGGCUUGAAGUCGAUCAAAACAUUCCUGACUAGCCUCCUUCUUAACUGCGCAACUGGUGUGGGCUGCUGUGAGCGGGAGGAGGUGGAGCAGACUGGAGCUGAGGGACCACUUCAGCUCUGUAGAUACAUGCCUUGUUCGGAUGUGGCUGGAGACCUGGUGUUAGGUGAGAGAAACUGUCGGUCUACGCAUGACUCCUGCAGACAGCUCCUCUGGGUGCGCAGAGCAAGCUGAGAACUCAUGUCAAUUGUUCAUUUGAAGAAAGUUCUAUCCUUGAAAUAGACUUGUUGUGGGGAGAAGGGCAGUGAGUGUGGGGAAAAGGAGCGAUGAGCGUGGGGAGCCCCACGGAGUCCAGGGGACUUUUUCAGUAUUUGAAAUAAACAACAAAAAGACCCACAAAAAAGAAACUCAACCUAGAAA